UAGAAACUGAGCAAACAUCACCUCCGCUAGUACUUGUGUUUGUGUAUUUAUAUGUAUGUUCAGUUUCAUUGUAAAUUGGCCCAGCAAACACCUCUCCUCUCUCUUUCUUGAAAAAUGGUGAGCUUAAAGGGUUCUUACAUGGUGAAGCCAUUGGAGCAGACACCAAAUAGUCUUAUGGAUUUGUCAGACUGUGACCAGAUUCAAGCCAUAACUCAUGCUCCAACAGUCUAUUUCUAUCGACCCUCCUCAAAGUUUGAUUAUACUACCCCAAUAGACAUCCUAAGAGACUCUCUCAGCAAAGCCCUUGUUAUCUUCUACCCUCUUGCUGGCCGCUUGCACUGGAUUGGCUCCGCAGGCCGCCUCGAGCUCCACUGCAACUCCAUGGGAGCUCUGCUGCUCGAAGCAGAGUCCGAAGCCAAAAUAGACGACUUCGGUGACUUCUGUCCAACUCCACAGAUCAGAGCCCUCGUACCAUCCAUAGACUAUAGCUCGCCAAUUCACGAACAGCCUCUAGUGUUGGUGCAGCUCACCAAGUUCAGCUGCGGUGGAAUUAGCGUCGGCCUGGGGAUAUCCCAUGUCUUGGUUGACGGCCCCAGUGCGUUUCACUUCGUCACCGAGUGGGCCAAAAUCGCUCGUGGCGAGCAAUCAGACAACCCUCCGUUUCUUGAUCGCUCCGUAUUACUGGCCAAGGUACCUUUGGCUCCACCAAGUUUUGAUCAUGUAGAGUUAAAUCCAACACCACUCUUGAUUGGUCGAUCCGAUAAUUUGGAGGAACGAAAGAAGGAAACUAUGGUGGUCAUGUUGAAGCUAAGCAAAGACCAAAUCGACAAGUUAAAGAAGAUAGCAAAUGAGGGUAAGAGUAGAGACAGAAACGGCGGUGGCUAUAGCCGGUACGAGGCUGUUGCUGGGCACAUGUGGAGGUGUGCAUGCAGGGCUAGGAAGCUCGAAAGCCAGCAGCCAACAAGGUUAGAUGUUGCCGUAAAUUUGCGGAACCGUUUGGAACCACCAUUGCCGAAGGGGUACUUUGGGAAUGCAGUCGCUCGGACGGCAGCAAUAGGCAUGUCGGGCGAGAUUGUGUCAAAGCCGUUGUCUUAUACUUCGAGUAAGAUCAGAGAAGCAAUAGAUAAGAUGAGUGAUGAGUACCUGAGAUCAUAUCUUGGUUUUGUGAGGAGCCAAGAUGAUAUGUCUAGGUACCGUAAUUUCCACACACUUGGGUGCACCAAAGGGGCUUUCUAUGGGAACCCAAACUUAGAGAUCACGAGUUGGGCAUCUCUACCUCUCUAUGGUGCUGAUUUCGGGUGGGGAAAGGAGAUUCAUAUGGGACCUGGAGCUAUAGGUUAUGAUGGCAAGUCUUUUAUCCUACCCGGCCACGACCAAGAUGGAUCCUAUAUCAUUCCAUUGCGCUUGCAGGUGGCUCAUAUGGAUGCUUUUAGGAAGUUCUUUUAUGAAGAUAUCUGAUUAACGGUCAGUGAUCACGCUUUCUUAAUUUGAAUCAGUACAAGGUAAGAGUGCUCUCAUCGUAAUAUUUCCUUUUUUAGAAUUAGGUAGGUGGGGGUAUCCAUGCUACUGUGUGUGUGAUUAAUAAUUGGUUUUUGGGUGAGAAAUUAAGCAAAUGAAUGUAUGUCCCGCUGCUUUGUAAUUCAAAAACAAUUAAUAUUUGUUUGUUCUUUAAUAAAUUAAGGGUUGAGUUA